UCGAUCUGCCCUUUCUUAGUUAAGAGCUGCAUGACAAAAUGGCAGACGAGGCGGACUGCGUUUCUGGUACCGAGGGCGUUACCCAUAAAUCUACAGAUGAUUGUCUUACCAGUGGAGAUGAUCAAGUGAAAGACAUUAAACGAAAACUUGAAAGUUGGAGAGAAGUACUUAUACCAUUACAUUCAUUCUUGAUUUGGAAACAACCCUAUUUUCCUGCAAUUCUUGCUGGUGUGGUUAUCUUGAUGUUUAUUCUUUUGUGGUACUUUGAACCUUCUGUGUGCACUAGCCUUGCUCUAACUGGUAUUAUUGCCUGUAUCUUGGAUUAUGCUGUACCCAUUGUUAUUACAAAUUUCUUCGAUCCAGCAAAAUGGACAGGAGUACAGGAGAAGAAGUUUGAAGAGAUCUGUCAGUCCAUAGUGGAGGCACAGAAACAAGGUUGUGAUUUGUGGCACUCUUUCUUGCAACUGAGGGACUCAAAGCCGAAAGUGUACUUUGUGAGUAUGCUGACUUCUCUGCUGAUCUUGACUUGGAUAAGUACCCUGGUGAACAAUCUGUUCCUCACAUUCUUGUUAGCUUUGACUGUGGUGAUGUAUCCAGGACUGAAGCAUCAUGGAAUAAUUGAUAAGUAUGUCACUAAAGGCAUACAGCAACUGAAGACCACAGUUGGCCAGAAACUGAAAAGGAACUGAGGAGAUGGAUGCUUGCUGCUCUGCCUUAAACCAACCAUUGGUGUAGCAGCAUUCCUAGGUUUCAGAUGGCUUGAAAGAUUUUCUUUGCCAGCUACUGUAUGUUAAAAUCACUCUGCUUGUAAUAGUGCAUCAGGGCUAAGCUGUUUUUCAAGUUCAGGCUUGUCCUUCAAUCAUCUAGCUUCAUGACUCUUCACUAAAACUUAUCUUGGAAUUUAAUUUAAGAAGUGUUGAAAUAAUUUGGUUUUAGAAGUUAAUAAAAUAUACAGCUAUUACAGUUACUGGUUGUUGUUUUCAAACAGAUGUCACAAGUACAUCCUUUCUGAUAAUAAAUAAGUGACCGAUGAGCAGGUCAUUCUAAUUUUUGUUUCCUACUAGAAAUACAUAAACGAAGGGUCCUUUUCAUCAUAAUCGGAAUGUUGAACUUUUUUUCUUAGUAGUUUUUUUGUUUUAUCUCCAGUAAAGAACUAAUGUUUUUUUAAAAACCAUUCAAGAGUUUCGUUUUUAAGGAAUUGAAAUGAAUAACUUUAAGAUCCAAUUUCUUUGGUAAGCUGUUUUGAAAAUGAAUUGCAGAGACCAUGAAAUAUUUUAGUACAUAAAAUACUAAUUGGCAUAUUAUUAAACUUCAUCCUGUAUAUUUUUAUUUAUGUGAAAUAAACUUGAAGAUCAUGUAAUGUUUAAAAAUCAUGUCUUAGAUGUUCAACAUUGCACCAUGGUGUAUUUCUUUAUGCUGUCUUCUAACUUGCUAUAGGGACAUAAAUAAAGAUGGUUAAACAUAGCAUCAUUUACCCUGCCGAUAUUUUUCAUUGUUUACCUAUAUACCAGUAUGUCUCAAAUUAGUAAAUCAAUGAAGAAAUGACUGUAAUCUUAAUAAUAUUUAGUGGUUUUUGUGUACUUAGGUGUCGGAACUUCUUAUUUCAUUUAUUGUGUUCAUUGUUUCAUGCCUUUUUGUUGUGUUUUUAAACAAAAUCCUUGCCGAGUCCAAAUAAUAGUUGAACUGUGUUAUCUAGUCUCACUGGCACUGAUUUAUCAGUAUCACUUUUGAGAAUACAGGUUUUUUCUAAGCACUUAAAUUUUGUGGUUGUUAGGUACUUGUGAUAGAGAAUUAAACUGUUGUUAAUGGUUUUUUUUUUAGUCUGUGAUUCUCCUUGCUUACCUAAUGUGUUGUUACACAACAUAUUAAAUUGCUUUUUAAAGUCUGUAUUGAAGCAUAUUUUUUUGCAUAAUUUAUUGAAAUUUUAUACAGAAAAUGUGAUGAGAUUUUACAGGUUCAAACUGUGUCCAGAAAUCAUGGUGUAUUCAAUUAUGAUAAAGAAACUUAGGUUUUGGAACUAUUCUUGGUACUUGAGAAAUGAUAAACAGGGCCAAAUACAGAAUUUAUUAAAUGACUAUUGUAACGAUAGUAUCAGUGAACAGUUAGAUUGUAAAAUGCUGUAUUUGUUUGAAACAAUUUCCUCUUUUAACUCAAAUGUAAAAGAUGAAUAAAAAAAAUUUGCUUCAUUUUUUGGGGAAUUGACUGUUUAAUGGUUUAUAACUGACUCGAUUUGGCCCUGUGAAUAUGAUUUUUAUCAUGAUGGCUACAAUAGAUUUGAUUACAAAUAAAAGUUGUUCAGUAGAGAUGUUAAAAAGUAAUAGCACAACCUUGCAAAUAACCUGAAGUUAUAAUUGUGUAAAUAUUUAAACCACUGGAGAGUUCACAAUAUAAUGUUUUGUAAGACAUAGACAUGUAGUACACUCAAUUUCUGACUCUGACUGGGUUCUUCUAAUGUUUAUCACAAAAGAUUAAAGCUGGUAUGGUUGAAACUUUUCCUAUACAAAAUUUCAAAAGUGUGCAUAUUACAUUUUAAAGAGUGACUGGUAAAUAAACACUGAAACUUAUCAGUGGUUUGUAUCCACAUUUUAAGUUGUACUCCUACAGUCUUUUGAGAGUUUAGCAAGCCCAACUUUUAUAAACACACAAGGUACGUCAUUAGGUGAUCUAGUGUCGCAUACUGUUUCAUUCAUGGUCCAUAAAAUAAUCAUUAUACCCCUCAAGUUCACUUAUCAAACUGAGUUAUGUAGUUGUAUGAGAAGGCAUAACAAGAAACUUGUUGGUUAUACCACUACGAGGCUCUACAGUUGCAUCACUUAGCAGUGUGAUGUUAACAUUAAUCCCAGUUUAUCUGCACUAUGCUCCAGACAAAGGAAAGAUUCUAACUGUGCCUGCUUGCAAUAAACGUUGGAAAACCCACCCGGAAUCAAAAAGUAUGCUAGUUCUUAUGUUGUAACUAUGAGUGAUCCCAAAACUACAGAAUAGCAGCUGUUUCAAUAACAUAAAUGAGAGUACACGUAAGGUGGUGUGCAGCCACAAAAUAUCAAUUUUCUAUACUUUUUAUAGUGUACACUUAAUUAUAAAAGUCUGUGUAAGAACUUCAUCAUUUGAACUAUAACCCAGUUGAAGUUGUUUUGCUGUCAGAUUUGCAUGGUUACCAAUUUAAACUACGUUUAUAAACCAGUUAGCUUUAAUUAUUGUUAUUUCAUCUUGAAUUACUGGACCGACCUGUAUGCUACAUUGGUUAGAAUAAAAGUGUGGUUUUGUGUAUGUUCCA